UCCACAAUAAUUUACCAAUCCGUCAUUUUAAAUUUGGUUCCAAAAAUGUUAUCAAAAGUGCGGGAACGAUUGGACCAAUCGAAUUUAAGCGCAGAAACCAUAUGCUUUACACGUGUGGCAACUCGCAACAGCCACAAGGACCGGCGGAGGCUGGAGUGCAACGAUCGUCAAUGACUAAAUGAGAGAGGCAGAGAGACUUUAUGGCUCUUUAUCUGGAAUAUAUCUUUUCAGCAGAGAGAGAAUGGUAGAGAGGCGUGGGCCAUUCUCUCGAAUAACAUUCGGAGAGUGACAGAGCGAGUCAGUCCAGUGCGCAACUCGCCAAGAGUAGGUUGGGAAGCCGCAGUGUGCUCUUGCGUCGCGUGAUUACGUUGAUGUUGUGAUAAGGUCGUCAGUAGUGCAGCAGUAAUCGGUCGAGGCUGAGGCGGAAUUUAAGGUUAGGAUUCGGACAAAAUUAUCACAAGUCUCCGUAAUUUUCGUGGUCAUUCCUUAAUUUUUCGCUCGAUCGAAUCAGCAUGUCGUCUAGAGCCAAGUUCAAAUAUUCGCUUGUGAUUUGAAAACAGCUGGUUAGCUUCCUGCAGCACUCUCGCGUUCGGAACUCGUGUUUAGUAUCAAAAUCCUCUACUUAAAGUUACCUACUCUAAGACUGAAAUUAUUUGUGCGUGGAUAAUUUUCGAUUCUACUUAAAAUAUUGUUCUUCCGUCAGGCUGAUCUGUCUGUCGUAAUCGUGUGUUCACAAGAGUUUCAUUCCAGUUAUCAUCUUAUCACUGACGAAAUUCAGUAAUCUCCCAUUGUUUACAUCCCAAGUUGCAUUUGUUUUGGAGCUGAUACCAAGAAAUUGCACCGUGCUCGGUUUCUGAAUUCUAAUUCUGUUAAAAUAUUCACUUUCUGCUGCUAUCUACCUUCUCUGCAGUUUCUCGUAUGAUCAAAUUAUCAGUUUCCUCUUAGUUUUUGGACUGUCAACUUGUAGAAAUAGUUUGUGCUGUGAUUUUCAUUGGAGCCAAACGACUGAUUAUCUCACAUGGUUGUAGAUUUUUCAUCUACAGCUCCGUCUAUUGGUUAAUUUGUAAGGUGGUAGGUGUUGUUUUUAUCACACGGUGUGUAGCCUGUCAAAUCUCAUCAUAAAUUUUGAGGAGUGCGUCCUCCCUUCCAAUUAUAAACACCGGUCUGAAAAUGCGGUUUUUCAGUUUAAAAUGGCGAUUCGUUUGCGUGUGUGUACUUUUAAUUCUGACAAUAAGUUGUGCUACAAGAACUCGUCCAAUGUACAUGAACCAAUUUGCGGUGCAGCUUGCUGAAGGUGGACAUGAAGACGCCAACGUCAUAGCUGAUAAACAUGGCUUCAGAAACUUAGGACAGAUUGGGAGUUUAAAAGGCUUUUACUUAUUUGAGCACAAUCGACUAAGGAAGCGGUCUCUAACAGCGAGCGACGAACACCAUGAAAACCUGAUGAGCGAAAAAAAGAUCGUUUGGGUGCAGCAGCAGCACGAGAAGCGGCGGGAGAAGCGAGAUUUCACGGACGCGGGGUUUUCGGCGUGGGAUUUUUCCCACCUCCAGCCCAACUCCUUUCGACGGGACUCCUUCUUCCCAGACCCAUUGUUUAAGGAACAAUGGUACUUGAAUGGCGGUGCUAAAGAUGGGUUCGAUAUGAACAUUGGACCUGCUUGGGAAAAAGGAUACACGGGAAAAGGAGUCGUGGUGUCAAUUUUGGAUGACGGAAUACAGACUAAUCACCCGGACCUAGCCUUGAAUUACGACCGAAAUGCAAGCACUGACAUAAAUGACAACGACGACGACCCGAUGCCCAGGGACAACGGAGACAACAAGCACGGGACUCGGUGCGCCGGUGAGGUCGCCGGCGUGGCCUUCAACCACUUCUGCGGCGUCGGUGUCGCCUACAACGCCAGCAUCGGAGGGGUCCGAAUGUUGGACGGAACGGUGAACGAUGCUGUGGAGGCCCGAGCACUCGGACUCAACAUUAAUCACAUCGAUAUCUACAGCGCUUCGUGGGGUCCUGAAGAUGACGGCAAAAUGGUCGACGGCCCGGGGCCCCUGGCCAGGAGAGCAUUUAUUUAUGGAGUCACCAGUGGUCGACGCGGGAAGGGCUCGAUCUUCGUCUGGGCCUCAGGAAAUGGAGGUCGCCACUCGGACUCCUGCAAUUGUGACGGAUACACUAAUAGUAUAUUCACUCUCUCAAUAUCCAGUGCCACUCAAGGAGGAUACAAACCUUGGUAUCUUGAAGAAUGCUCAUCAACUUUAGCAACCACGUACAGUUCUGGGACUCCAGGCCAUGACAAGAGCAUAGCCACUGUUGACAUGGACGGAAAACUGAGGCCAGAUCACAUUUGUACUGUUGAGCAUACUGGAACCUCUGCCUCGGCACCUCUAGCAGCUGGAAUGUGCGCCCUCGCAUUGGAAGCAAAUCCAAAUCUGACCUGGAGAGAUAUGCAGUAUAUUGUUGUUUUAACUUCCAAGUCUGAGCCCUUAAAGAAAGAGGGUGGCUGGAUCGUCAAUGGUGUGAAAAGGGAAGUGAGUCAUAAAUUUGGCUAUGGGCUAAUGGAUGGUGGUGCGAUGGUUGCUCUUGCAGAGCAGUGGAUUACUGUUCCUCCCCAACACAUUUGUAAAUCUCAAGAAAUAAAUGAAGACAGACCAAUUGACCCCACCUACGGUAGCUCCAUGACUGUCACCAUGGAUGUUAAUGCAUGUCUUGGAACAUUAAAUGAAGUUCAAUAUGUUGAACAUGUUCAAUGCAAAAUAUCUCUUCGGUUCUUCCCAAGAGGCAAUUUGAGGAUACUGCUGACAUCUCCAAUGGGAACGACAUCAACCCUUCUUUUUGAGCGGCCAAGAGAUAUUGUCAGUUCAAACUUUGAUGACUGGCCGUUCCUCAGUGUUCACUACUGGGGAGAAAAAGCUGAAGGUAGAUGGACAUUAAAGAUCAUCAAUGGAGGAAGCCGCCGAGUGAAUCAACCAGGAAUCUUGAAAAAAUGGCAACUUAUAUUCUAUGGAACUGCUGUGAACCCAGUCAGGCUUCGUAAUUCAUAUAACAUUCUCUCUCAACAAGCUCAGCAGGCAAGAGGUUUUACAUUCCCUUCUGCCUCUUCCCCACCUAACUUCUUUGCAAGUGCUCCAAGCAGCGAAUUUUUCAGGAAUCUGGACAUCUUCACAGCAGCAGGCAGUGAUCCUGAGGCAUCUGUUGCCUCUUUAACAGGUGAGAGAGCCUCUCUUGGAGCGACAGAAAACCAUCAGCUAGCCCCGUCUGAAGGCAGACGUGUCAUUCACAGCUGUGACCCUGAGUGUGAUCCUCAAGGUUGCUUUGGAAAAGGCCCAACACAAUGUGUCGCUUGCUCUCAUUACAAAUUGGACAAUACCUGUGUCAGCCGCUGUCCUCCCAGGAGCUUUGCAAGUGAGAAUGGACGCUGUUAUCCAUGCCACGAGUCAUGUGAGACAUGUGCAGGUCCCGGUCAAGACAGUUGUCUAACUUGUGCUCCAGCCCAUUUGAGGCUCGUUGAUCUAGCAGUUUGCCUUCAGCAGUGUCCAGAGGGCUAUUAUGAAAACACUGAGGAAGGAACUUGUGUUCCUUGUGCAGCCAAUUGUGGAAGUUGUCAGGACAGUCCAGAAUUUUGUACAACCUGUGAUCAUCAUUUGGUCUUGUACAAGAAUAAAUGUUAUGCUGCUUGUCCUGUUUUUACCUAUGAAACAGACGAUUAUAGGUGCUCAGCUUGUCACAACUCUUGUGAAACUUGCUCUGGUCCGCAAGAAAAUCAAUGCAUCACUUGUCGCUCCGGUUACUAUGCUUUGAAUGGAAAGUGCUUUAAGGCGUGUCCUGAUGGAUAUUAUUCAAAUAAAAAGCGUAGAGAAUGUAUGAGGUGUUCACCAGGCUGUGCAACGUGUAAUUCUGCCGGUUGUCUAACGUGUCAAUCUGACUUUGAAUUAAAUAAGAAGAACAAAUGUGUUCGAGCAGGAGGACUCCAAUGUAAAAUAGGAAAUUAUUGGAAUGGAUCAGAUUGUAUAAAGUGCCAUGGAACGUGCGAGACUUGUUUUGGAGGCGAUGAGGAAGAGUGUCUGACCUGUCAUGAGCCAACAUUCCUUGAAUGGUCGCGUUGUGUGCCUGCUUGUUCAGUUGGAUACUACAACGAUCAUGCUACUUGUGUACCGUGUGUGCAUACUUGUCAAGAGUGUAUAUCCCGUGCUAACUGCACUGUUUGCCAGCCUCCACUACUCCUCCAAAGUGGCGAGUGCCGACCUACUUGUGCGGCUGGGUAUUACAGUGACAUUGGAACUUGCUCCAAAUGUUACUUGAGCUGCAUGACCUGUAGUGGUCCACGGCGAGAUCAAUGUGUUUCUUGCCCCAAUGGGUGGCAACUUGUAGCAGGGGAGUGCUUCCCAGAAUGUCCCCAAGGAUACUACAUGUCUGACUACGGUUGUCAGAAAUGUCAUCAUUAUUGUCGCACUUGCAAAGGUGAAGGACCACUGCAGUGCACAUCAUGUCCUCCACGUGCAAUGCUAGAUGGCGGUCUGUGCAUCACGUGCCUGUCAUCACAGUAUUUUGACCCAGUGACUCAGCUAUGUAAAUCUUGCCAUCCGUCAUGUAAGACUUGCAGCGGGCCGGGUCAAUUCAGUUGUUCCUCUUGUACAUUCCCUCUCCAUUUAGAUUCACAAAAUAAACAAUGUGUACCAUGCUGUACGCAAAACACACGACAUGACUGUUGUGCGUGUGAUCAAGAAACAGGUAAAUGCCAUAUGAGUUCGCCAGCAGGGAAGAGGCGAACAGUUUUCAACCUAGAGGAAAGUGAACCACCGAAGCAGACUCUACCAUCUAUGUUGUCCCUGACAACAACUGUUGCAUACUUAGCUUGCCUUACUGCCAUUGUUUUAUUUGUUGUAGUUUUUACUGUUUUACAGCGACGAUCAAGGGGGUCUCGUCCUAGUUACGCAGGUUAUGAGAAGGUGCCAGUACACCAAUACACAGAAUUAUCAACGAACACACAAGUAACAACGUAACGCUUAUGAGAAUAAUCAAUUGAAAUUCACCAGAGACUUCCGUUUUUUUCGGAGUCUCCAAAAUCAUAUGUUCUGACCUGUGAUAUCUUGCUCCACGACUGCGCUCUAACAUUUGAUCGAAGUUCUUCACCCAGCCCUUGGAUGUCACCAUCAAGUAAAUAAUUAGCCAACCAGUGGAUAACUCAUAGCAUUGUAGGAUUACUUCUUUCUAAUCUUGUGAUUCAAUGAAUUUUUAUCAAAAUGAAUACUUCGUCAUUCUUAGAACAAAUGUUAGAUCAAUUAUUUGUUUUUAAUGCAAGGUUGGUGAGAGCAGAACUUGUUAGAUUUAGUUUACUUAAAUCAAACUGAAGUUGAUCAAAGUUCAUCAUAGGUAGUUAGGUUUGUAAUUAAUCUCACGAAUAGCUAUUAGUAAGUCUGUUCAUUUUUACCGUUGCUUUCUCUUUUUCCAUAAAAUCAUCGUAAUGAUUUACCUUCAAAAUCACUGUCUCAUAGAUGACCAUGUGUAUGUUUAACUUGUUUACAACUCUGCAUUUUGUACCCAGAACUGUUUACAAUCCUUCCUUUAAGUUGAAAUGUACCUAUAAUCGAAAGACCAAACAAGGACUUGAUACAAAAAAUAAAUGUAACGAAAGCUGAAACUCACUAGCUCAAAAAUUGAAACAUUUAAAAACAAUGCAUCUCUGCCUUCCGACUGUAUGCAAGUUCAUGUAACAGAGUUGCAAGAACGUGAUGAUCGCAGAAUUUGACACUAAAUUACUUAUUUUACGAAGAAAUGAGUUUUAGAUUUUGUAACACUUAUUUCAUUUUCCUUUGGUAAUCAUUGUUGAAAAUUUUUUUCCUGAUGAUUUCUACUGAUCAGAUUGACAGUCUCUGCAUCAAGAUCUCCUGAUUUGUUAUUUUUUUCCUUUAGUUCUUUAUAUUUUGUCAUUAUUUUUACAAUAUUUAUAAUUGUAGAUUUCUCAUUGAGAUAAAGUGCCUAUUCACUUUCUGCUCAUUUUUUGUAAAUUUGUGAUCAAAAACACGAUUUUAAUUUGUUUUCCUGUGAAAAAUUCCACACAUUUUGCACCAGAAGUAACUACACAGCCUUCUUGAAACUAAUACUCUUAAUUACUCAUCAUGCAACUUAAUGACAGACAUUUUUUUCUUCGUCCUCUUAAAUUAAUUGAUCGUGAUAUUUAUUUACCCAAAAGACAUUGGCCCAGUAUUUUUCUGUAAUUUCAGAGAAGAUCUUACCAAUAAAUGGAAAAGACUUGAUUUUAUGUGUCAAAAAAAAAGUUUUCCUUUGGCUUAUGAAACCUCUUGUUUUGCAAACUGUGUAAGUCAACUGUAAUAAAAGGAACCUCUAAAUUAUACUCUUGUAAUACCAAAAGGUUGGCUUAAAAUAUUGACCUCAUCAUGCCUGUUAACGAAAUGCUGUACUCAAAUGAGGUAUUUUCCCUGUAGGCAUAAAAUAGUUAUUACGACUUUGAUAGUAGCAAGGAACAUAAGCUUGGGUAACUUCGGGUUAACUUAAACUGUCUUCUAAAACUAAUUAUUAUUUCUCUACUUUUUGCUGCUCUCUUAUUGUUUUACGUACUUAAUUUUAUUUUUACAUAUACAGCAAAGCAUUAUAUUCUCAAUGCUAUUAAAAGUUUUCAUUAGUAAUUGGAUAAAAAAGUAAAGUUACCCACUAUAACCGAAAAUUUUCGACAUAAUUGUUAAAUUCAAACCUUAAAAUUGUAACUGCUUUGGUUUUCCAGAUAAUUUUCAUUGAACAUUUUUUUGUAUUUCAAAUGUUUUAAUGACAUCAGAGGAAUCAGUGGUGUAACUGAAUUAUGUUGAGGAUCUGCAGUACUGUGAUCCUUGCACUAAUACAGCUAUCAGAGGAAACAUGCUUAUACCUACCAUGUGUUUUUAAUAGAAUAAAUGCAAUUCUGUUGGCCCUUAGAUCGGACCGUGACUUGUUAAGUAAGUGGAAACUAUUUUUCCAGAAAUCUGUGGCUCUCAAUCUUAAAUCAUUUUGGAAUUUCUUAUUUUGCUUUCUAUACCUUGUGAACAAAUUAUGAUGUAUCUUUUUCUCUGAUUCUUAUUAAGAUCUGAAUCUAAUUGUAUUGAUUUAUUUUUAUCAUUAUUUGUUUUUAGUUCAAUGAUUUCCUCAACUCAAAACUGAUAGUUUAUCCAUUAUUUUAUCAUGCUUUGUAACUGUUACCAAAGUUGAUACAAGGCAAUCAGACUUGAGUGAAAAGAAAAUCACUAAUGAGUGAAGUUAAGCACCUAAGAGGUGUUUUUAAGAACUUAGAUUUACACGCAUGUGUUACUCUUGAUCAAAUUCAAAUGUACCUAUUUCAACCUGCCAUAGAACCUGUUUCAUCCAAAGUAAGUUAAGGGGAAAAUUACUAACUAGUAAGUUGUAAGUUGACUAUUAGUAGUAGAAAGUAUACUACAGUUUUACAAAUGUUAAUUUUUAAGUUCUCUCCUGAAUUUUAUGCUCAGAAACAUUCCUAAAUUAUGCAUUUUCAUGGCGCUCUUUUUUUCUACGAUUUUGUAUCUAAAGAAUUGGAGCUCUUAACCUUAAUCAAUCAACAGCGGUUAAAAUGAAAAUUGUUAAAAUAAAAUUCCAUUCCAAA